AUCCCAACUUGCGAGAGUAUACGACCCACUCGGAUUGGUAUCGCCAAUGACGUUGCAGGGAAAGAACCUUUUUCGAGAGAUGUGCGAGGCUCGUCUUCCCUGGGACGGUGAACUGCCUGAGACAACGAAACAACGCUGGGAGGAGUGGUGCAAAGGACUGCCUCGAAGCUACGAAGUUCCGCGUUCCUUAGCUCCGCAUCAAGAGCCAGUGUCAGCCAUCACACUACAUGCCUUUGGCGACGCGAGUAAGGUCGGAGUGUCGGCCGUGGUCUACGCGGUUGUGGAGCAGGAACAUGGAACAACACAAGGCUUGGUGUGCGCCAAGUCACGAGUGGCGAAGCGUGAUCUCUCCAUCCCUCGUCUAGAGCUCGUCGCUGGACAUAUGGCAGUUAAUUUGGUGUCGAACGUAGAAAGUGCAAUAGAUCAGCGAGCCGUAUCGUCUGUCCAUUGUUGGUUAGAUUCCACAGUAGCGCUCUACUGGAUUAACGGUCAAGGCGAAUAUCGCCAGUUCGUUGCAAACCGAGUGGCCAAGAUUCAAGCACAUACACGAGUGGAAUGGCAUCAUGUACCGACGAAACAGAAUCCCGCAGACGUGGGUAGUCGUGGUGGAAGUGUCGUUGGAAACGAACUGUGGAGUAAUGGGCCCCAAUGGUUAAAAGAUCCUACCAAAUGGCCGCCAAAACAAGUGCUCGAAGCUACGCGAGAGGUGAAAGAUGAGAUAAAACCGACGAAGAAUCCACAAGCCUUGACGACGGUGAGACGACCAAUAAGCCCCGAUAGCCUUGAAGGACUGCUCAUCAAGUUUUCCCUGCGGAAAGUGCUUAGAAUUUGCGCCUGGAUCAAUCGGUUCGUGAAGAAUUGUAUGGUGACCCGUAAAAACCGGAAAAUGGGACCGCUAGUGUCAGAAGAGAUCGAAGAUAGCGAGUUGUGGUGGAUAAGAAGAGCGCAAAGUGAAGUCAAGGAGGGUCCAGAGUUCAAGGAUAUACGGCUACAAUUGAACAUACAGCUUAAUGAAAGCGGAAUUCUCGAAUGUCGCGGUCGGAUUGACGGAGAUUACCCCAUGUACCUACCCCGUAAUUCCACCUUCACGAAAAAGGUAAUCGAACGAGCGCAUCUGGCAACACUCCAUGGUGGGGUCGCUAUGACCAUGGCGAAAGUACGUGAACGGUUUUGGAUACCAAAGUUGAGACGGUUGGUGAAACAAGUGCGAAAGGCUUGCCACGGGUGCGUAAGAUUUCGAGCUCGAGCGUAUGAGAAGCCACCACCUGGUAAGUUGCCAACAACAAGGACGCAAGGGUCAACACCGUUUCAAGUAGUUGGGGUGGAUUUCGCGGGACCAAUACGAUACCGUACAAAAGCAAAGGCGGAGAGAAAGGCGUACCUUGUGCUAUAUGGGUGCAGUUUAACGCGAGCAGUACAUCUCGAGAUCCUGCGUUCAAUGGAAGUAGCAGAAUUCAUACCGAGCUUGAAAAGAUUGAUCGCGAGACGUGGUCGGCCAAAGAUCAUAUACUCUGACAACGCCAAAACCUUUAAGGCCGCUGACAAGUGGUUGAAGCAAUCACGAAAGGAUGAGAAAUUUCAUGCAUUCCUGGCUGAUAACGCAAUCGAAUGGAGGUUCAAUCUCAGUCGUGCACCGUGGUGGGGAGGCCAAUUCGAGCGUCUUAUUGGCCUGUUCAAACAAGCGUUCUACAAAACGAUCGGCAAUGGAAUACUGACAUUGGAGGAGUUAGAAGAAGUGGUCUUGGACGUCGAGAUUGCUCUCAACAAUCGGCCGUUGACCUACCUCGAGGACGACAUUCAAUUACCAGUAAUAACCCCAUGCUCAAUGCUGAGCAUUAACCCCAAUGUCCUACCAGAAGUCGACGCCCACCAUCUGGGAGAUAGUGAAUUGCGCAAAAGAGCCAGGUUUUUACGAAGGUGUAAAGAAGCGAUGUGGAAUCGUUGGACGAAAGAAUACGUCCGCAGUCUGCGCGAACGGCACAAACAACAAGUCAGUGGACAGAAAUCCUACCCAAAGAUCGGCGAAGUUGUCAUGAUUAAAGACGAAGACAAAAGACGUAACGUGUGGAAACUCGGAGUCGUGUGCGGCGUGAUUGAGGGAAAGGAUAACGUAGUACGGGGAGUUAGAGUACGGACUCCGAACGGCGACCUCGAGCGAGCAGUCCAGCAUAUCUACCCGUUGGAGUUGUCCUGCGACAGAAAGAAGUGGAGCCCUAACCCCGAAGCACCAAUCUUUACCCCUCGCCCCACCCGAGACGCAGCAGUAGCAGCGAAGAUGCGGUUGAAGCAAGACGCAGAAGUGGAAGAAGACUGCCAAUGA